AGCGGAGGAGGCGGAGCCGAGGUUUGGCAUCAUCACACUAUUGUGCUGUUACUUGAAACAGAACUCUUUGGAAACAAUCCCAGUGUUUAUACAUGCUAGUCUAAGUGAAGGUCAGAAAUUCAAUUGCCACAGUCCAAUGAGACUUCUUUUGGUGCAUGACGAGCGCUGCAUUGGUAUUCUUGCAGAAUUGAAGAAAUGAUGGCAAAUGAUUUAGACCAGUUUAUUGAAGAUCAAAAGGCCAAGUUGGCACAUGACAAAGCAGAACUUGAAAAUGAUCCUCCUUAUAUGGAGAUAAGGAGCAAAGGUGCAGAGAAGCUUUCUGAGACCAGCAAAGCAUUAAUCUCUAUGGCUAAAGAAAAUAUACCACCAAACAGUCAACAGAACUAUCUUCUAGAUGAAUAUGGCUUGAGUUUGCCUCUUGGAGAUGAAUAUGAAAGAAAGAAACAUAAGCUAAAGGAGGAACUUCGACAAGAUUAUAGACGAUAUCUUUCUCAGGGUAUUUCACAGGCAAAAAGAAAGAAAAAUUAUCUGACAACGAAUGAAGUAGAUCCAUAUACUCAGGGACUAUCUCUUCCUAUUGGCGAGAGGAGGUCAGCCAAGGAGAAACUGCGGCUUGAAAGAAACAGGGAAUACAAUCAGUAUCUCAGGGACAAGGAAGAGUGGAAUGAAAGGUUAAGGAAAAUAGGAAAGAAAAACACAGAGCAUGAGACAGAAAGAAGUAAAAAAUCUACUGCUAUUACUAGAGUCCAACCAGGACUACGUUCACAAGUACAGCCCUCUUGUGCAGAUUCAGAACCUCCAAAGAAAGAUGCUUUUACUUCCACAGAAGCUUAUGAAGAGCUACUAAAUAGGAGGCGACUGGAGGAGGAUCGAUAUCGCAGACUAGACGAUGAGGCUGAACUAAGAGAUAGAAUAUUGCACAAAAAACUUGAUGAAGAACUGGACAUUUCCAAUAGAAAGCAUCACAGGUUUGAUAGCAAACCUGAUAUUUCUCCUAGAAGACAUCACAGAUUUGAUGAGGAUCGUCAUUUUGACAGAAGACAUUACAACUUAGACUAUGAUCCUGAAAUAAAUGAGGAAAUGGACCCUAGAUUUAGAUAUGAAAGUGACUAUGACAAAAAGCCUCUGCGGGUGUUCCAUGCUGAAAGAAAUCGGGCACAAAGCAAUUCUCCAACUAAUGAACAGGCAAAGUCCGCCACUGGUAAAGAUGAUGUUCCAUAUGCAACAGGGCUCAUUCUUGGCGGUCAAGACAGAGAACUUAUUCAGAGAAAAAAAGAGAAAUACAGACAAGAGCUAAUGGAACAGAUUGCUGAGCAACAGAGAAAUAAGAGACGUGAAAAGGAACUUGAGCUCUCAGUUGCAGCUUCUGGAGCUCUGGACCCAGAGAAGGAGCCUAACAGACUGAAGCAGUUUGGUUUGACAGAAAGAGCUUCUGAAGAGAAGGCACCGCCUGAAAGGCCCAGAGUAGCUUUCCAAACUCCUGUACCUGCACCUACUAUUUCACCAGUGAAUGAAGACUUUCACAGAGGAUUAUCCAACACCUUUGGUGAAAUAGUGGCUCCCAGGAUUGCACCUCUACCUCCACCUCCACCCCCAACUUUGACAGACAACUACAGAACUCCCUAUGAUGAUGCAUACUAUUUCUAUGGGGCUAGAAAUCCUUUGGAUCCUAAUCUUGCAUACUAUGGCACAGGAAUGAUGGGAAUGCAGCCUGCACCUAAUAUUGAGGAUCUUCCAGGGAAAGUACCAGCAGAUCAGGCUGUAAGUAACAUUGGACAGAGAAACACAGGUGAUAGACCCAGAGGUCUAGGGAUAUUUCCUGAAGAAAAACCAAAGCCCUUUAAAGAGUCAACUUUAUCUUAUCAAGAAGAAUUGCAACAGCAGAUAAGAGAAAGAGAAGAACGACGCAGACGAGAGAAAGAGGAAAAGGAACGAUAUGAAGCCAAGUUAGAAGCUGAAAUGAGAAAUUACAAUCCUUGGGGAAAAGGAGGUGGUGGGGCUCCUCUCAGAGAUACAAAAGGAAAUCUUAUAACUGACUUGAACAUGAUGCACAAGCAAAAUGAAGAUGCGUAUCAUAACCCAGAGGCAAGACACUAUCAAGAUAAAAGGGCUAUUGUAUCGGUUGACCAAAGUUUGGCCUCCCCAAGACCUGAGAACACAGAAGCAUCUACAAAUAAAAUAGCAGGUUUUACAUUUGCACAAACCUCUCCCUAUGUUCGAGGUAACAUAUUUGGUGAGCCACCAUCUGAACAACAACUUAUGCGGCAAGAGGCAUACAAGAAUUUUCUUCGUUUGCAGAUUGAGGAAAAGAGACUCAGGGAAGAGGCAGAGCGUGAAAAACUUAGAAUUGAAGAAGAAAAAGAAGAAAAGCGACUUGCUGAACAGAGGACCAGAAUUCAAAAAGAAUAUGAAGAGGAACAGGAAAAGAAAAGAAGGAAAGAGGAGGAGCAAAGAUUAAAAAAUGAAGAGCUAAUUCGAUUAACUGAAGAAAGACGAAAAGAGGCUGAAAAACAGAGGAAAGAGGAGGAAGAAAAACAGAAUGAACAACUUAGACAAUAUUAUGAGCGAGAAAAAAUAGCAAAGAUGGAAGAAGAAAAAAAGUUUUCAAGGCAACCUUCUCCUGUCAUUCCUGCUCUUCAGAACAAGUCCUUACAGAAGGACGAGAGGCCUCCUUCUGUUGAAAGCCAUAUGUCUUAUUACACGCAAGAUAUUCCACAAUCCAGAGUUCUGUCUCCUCCAGUCCCAGCUAGAAGAAACCAGAUGCGUGCAUAUGAGGAAAGAAAGAAUGUGAUAAAUGAGCUGUCAGAGAUGAGGAAACAGCUCCGAAGUGAAGAGCGGCGACUUCAGGAACAAUUGCUCAGUGUAGCCAGUGAUGAUGAUGUAGCCACUACAAGCAGGAAAAGAGAUAAAAAUGUAAUGGAUGUAUUUGAGAUGGCCAGGCUUCGGAUGCAAGCUCCAGUCAGGCGACCUUCAUCAAAGGGUGCAGCUGACCCUGUCAAUGUUCAGAAUAUCAGGGAGUUCAAUGAACUUAAAUACACAGAUUCAGAAACACGAGCAGACUUGAGAUAUAUGUACCCCGAUCCCCCAAAAGAUGAUCAAACCUUAGAGAUUCAACAGCAAGCAUUGCUAAGAGCGCAGCGGAAGAAACUCAACAGAAUGAAAAUGAGGAGGGAUGCAGAAGACCAUGAUGAUUCUGUUCCUGACUUUAACCCACGAAACAUGGGACUGUUCAGAAAUGAAUCCAGUGAAUUCUUGAAAAAUUCACUAUUGGAAUCUGAGAGUGCGUUCAUUGGCACUAAUGGGGAAACCUUUCCAGCUUUCGAAGAAGUUAAUUUAUCUUCACAGCCACCACCAUCUGCAAGGGAGAGGAGACGAAUAAAGAAGAAAGCAAUGGAAUUUACUGAUGAUGUCCCUUUUAGCAAGUCACCACCACCACAGCCUGACAGCUUCUCUUUGCACUCAAGCUCCAGUCUCAAUGUUGAUCUGCUGAAAGCCAGGAAUGAAGAACGAUUGCGAAGAUUGAAUGAGUUGCAGAAGAAAUCUGUUAACCUAGGUGAUGAUAUUUCCCUGGGAGAUGCUGAUGACAUUUUGAAGCAGUUUCCAUAUAAAGGUGGCAGAAGGCCCACCUCUGUUGACACAGUAGCAACAGACCCCUGGCUGCGACCUGGAACAUCAGAGACCCUGAAAAGAUUUAUGGCUGGGCAGUCAAACCAGGCUAAACUUUCUUCUGAAAACACAUUACCCUUUGGUUGGCAGGGACUGUCAACUGCACAUGGUUAA